AUGAAUCGGAAGAAAAUAUUUCUACCUAAUGAUUUGUUGAUGGACGUCCUCCCUAGACUACCGAUCAAAACCCUCGUCCGGUUGGCUUGUGUCUCCAAAUCGUGGUACUCUUGGCUCACAAACCCUAGUUUCAUCACCGUACACAACCUUGCAAACAACAACAACAACCUUCUACUAAUUCGAAGCCGCUCUGGUGAUGAUGGCAAAGGAGUUCAUUUCUCUCUACUUCGCUGCGAAAACCAAAUGUUUUAUGAUUAUGCAAACCUUCGUCUUCCACUGAAUAGCAACAACCCUUCUUUGAGGAUAAUCGGCAUCUGCAAUGGGGUCGUGUGCCUUUACAGUAGUUUUUCCCGUCUGGUGGACUGGAAGGAGCUUUAUCUAUGGAAUCCAUCGAUUCGGAAGACGAUGGCUCUUCCGCCAUUACAGGACCCGUUUCGGUCACACAGUCCUUUAAUGCAUAGAAUCGGAUUUGGCUACGAUGCCUUGACCGAUGACUACAAGGUUGUGAGGAUUGUGUAUCUCUAUGAACGUAUCACCAAUGGUGUUCGAAGUCCACCAGAGGUUGACAUUUUCAGUCUGAGCACAGGCACAUGGCGGAACAUCAGCCAUUUGGGUCUUCCACAUAUCAUCGACGAGUCUCCUCAGGCUUAUGUGAACGGGGCUGCACAUUGGCUUACCCAUUGGAUCAAUUCCGUCAAAUUGAUCGUGUCAUUCCACAUGGGUGAUGAGGUAUUUGGUGAGAUCAUGGUGCCGGGUUGCAUUUUUGUUGAAGAGGAAAAUGGUUUUAACAAGAAAUCGAAUGUUCGUGUUGUUAAGUUUCAAGAAUCACUCUCUCUAAUUGUUGGUUGUAAUUUCAAAUAUAAUAGUUCCACAUUGAACAUAUGGGUGAUGAAGGAAUAUGGCAUAUCAGAGUCUUGGUCUAAAAGAUUCAGAAUUGAUUGGAGUGGAGGAAGAGUGAGUAGUGUAGCUGACUUUACAAGGAAAGGCGAAGUUCUAUUUGGGACGGAGCGAGGGUGGCUAGUAGCUUAUGAUGUAGAAGCCAAACGACACACAAAGUCUAGGUAUCUGGUAGCUUAUGAUCAAAUAUGGAAUGGACAUGGAGAUUUAUGGUCUCGGAAUUGUUGGCCUAUAGACUCAUUUGUUGCAGAUGCUUAUACAGAGAGCGUAGUUUUAUUAAGAACAAAAGCUUUUGAUGCUGUGCCUCCUGUGUCUUGCAAGGAGUCACCUGUUUUGCACGGAGAAGCGAGUGGAGCUAUGACCCGUAAAAGGAGAAAUGAAGAGCAAAACCAAAGAAGAAAGGGAAAGAAUGUGAAAUAUGCAUGGAAGCAUAUAUGA